UCAUUAUUUUCAAAGAAAAAUGAAAUGACGUUGACCAUAAAUUCGGUUGCAACCUUUCUCUAGCUAGAGGUAAGUGUAGGAAACGGACAGUCCAGUGGAUUUAAUUGAUUUAUUUUUGCCACCCCCCUGCUUCUGUUGAUCCAAAAUGGCAAUGAGCAACUGGAUUCGGCUUCUCGUGGUUUCUCUGGCUGUUGUGGACUCUCAGGGUGGUCUGAAUGGAAACUCCCUGAGGUCAGAUGACUCAUCAAAAACAUUGCAUCAGCUGCUCACUCCUGAAGAUGAGGAACAGCUCCUCACAGUGAUUGCUGUCACAGAACAAGGCAGCCCAACUGUGGAAGACUUGCAAGAAAGCUACAAGUCGUUCCGUACCAACUAUCCUUUCCGCCCAUUCUGCGUCUUGGAAGUUCCAGGAGGAGAAGGAGGACCAGGAACCGGCAAAACUCCCCUCGACUUGGCACAAGAUGAUCCUCUGGUGACCAUUGCAACUGUCUCUCAUGAUGAGGGUGACUCGCUCUUUCAAUCCGAUUGGUUUGACCUUUGCAAUUUGCAUAAUCUGGGAGACAUGUCCACCGUCGCCAUCUCUUUGAAUGUUCCAGUAAAUGAUGUUGAAGCUUCCUUUGAUUUCUUCUUGACCAGAGCUGCCAAUGCAGACCUCACACUGCACCGUGCUAUCGUUGGAGUUGGAGUUGCGAACGUAAAUUGGAUCGAUCCCCUCAAUCAAAACUUUAUUCUUGCACCCAUUCCACCCAUUCCGAGCCCCACCCCAACUGAAGCGCCCUCCAAGAGCUUCGUCCCCAGUCAAGGUGCUUUCCAUUUUGACGGGGAGGGUGUGGCUAGGAAGUUGCAAACUACUCCAGCCCCCUCCUUAAGCUUCAAACCAAGCAGCAGCAGUGCGCCCAGCAACUCGCCAAGCAUUUCAUUUGCCCCCAGUACUUCAAUGAAACCAACAAUCUCUCGCCCGCCAAGCAGCUCACCAAGCGUCAGUUUUAAGCCCAGCCUCAGCAGUCAACCAAGCCUUUCAUCUUCCCCGACCAGCCAGCCAGAAGAAGACACUCGCUGUUUUUUGAAGAAGCUUUGGGAUUGUAUUUGGCCUUUUUAAGAAACACAACACAACAGUUACUAGUGAAAUACCACAUUUGUCCU